GGAGCUGGUUGAUUUUCAAGAGUGCCUUUUUCCAAGCUCAAAACCAGUUCAUCUCCACAUGCAGAAAAUCAAGCAAAGGCAGGAGGAGCUCCUGACAAAACUGAGAGGUCUCAGAAGUUGUUGAAAGGUCUCCUGCAGUCUGAAACAUCAGAAAGCCUCAUAUAAAGGACACCCCUAUUUUACACCUAAGGAAUAUUGCUAAAUAGGUGUUAAUCUGAAGAAAUAUACUGUAUGGUACAGCUUUGGACAGACUAACAACCUUCUGAAAACCCACAAAAUAUUUAAUUUUUGGCUGAUCAGAAGCACCUAAUGUCACUUCACAUGCUACAAUGGAAACUCUGAGACAAAUACAAAGUUUUGGCAUCUGUGUUACCUGUACGUAUCCUAUAGCAUCCGGUAUGGUGUUCGCCACUCUUCUAGUUUCUUGCUGCUCAUCUCUGAAGACAAGAGCUCGUCCACUUGUUUCUAAUUCACCUUUCCUUUCUAUCUGGAAUGCUCCUACAGAACUUUGUACUGAAAGGACUGGAGUGGAGCUGGACAUGGAAUUUUUUUCUUUCGUUGGAAGCACACUGAAGACAUCCAUUGGGCAAAACAUCACUCUCUUCUAUCCAGACAGACUUGGCUACUAUCCUUACAAAAAUGAAGUCACAGGAGAGGCGUUCAAUGGAGGACUCCCCCAACUCUCACUGCUGGAGAAUCAUUUGAAAAAAGCCAAAGAAGACAUCCAGUUCUAUAUUCCUUCAGAUGAACAGUUUGGAUUGGCUGUCAUUGACUGGGAAAACUGGAGACCUGUGUGGAUAAGGAACUGGGGAUCAAAAGACAUUUAUAGACAGGAAUCCAUUGAACUGGUUCAGCAGAGAGACCUCAGUCUAUCAGAAGCCGAAGCCAGGAAUAUAGCUAAAAUGGAAUUUGAAGCUGCAGCAAAAUCAAUUAUGUUGGAAUCUUUAAAGCUGGGCAUAGAAUUGAAGCCAAAUCGUUUGUGGGGAUACUACCUUUAUCCAGACUGUUAUAACUAUGACUACAAACAAAACCCACAUAAUUAUACAGGAACCUGUUUAGAUAUUGAAAUAGAAAGAAAUAAUGAGCUUAAAUGGUUGUGGGAGGAAAGCACAGCACUUUAUCCAUCUGUCUAUCUAGAGACAGCCUUAAGAUCUUCCAGAAAUGCCCAACUCUUUGUUCGCAACAGAGUUCAAGAAGCCAUUAGAAUUUCACAUGUCUCUAAUUCUACUCAUCCUCUUCCAGUUUUUGUAUAUACACGUCCAGUAUUCACAGACGUAUAUGAGGAAUAUCUCUCCCAGGAUGACCUUGUAAACACCAUUGGAGAAUCUGCUGCACUGGGUGCUUCUGGAAUUGUGAUCUGGGGUGAUAUGAAUUUAACACAAAAUAAGAACACCUGUAGGACUCUGGACAACUACCUUAGGAGGACUUUGACCCCAUACCUCAUCAACGUCACGAUGGCAGCCAGAAUCUGUAGCCAAGUGUUAUGCCAAGAUGCUGGUGCUUGCGCACGGAAAAAAUGGAAUUCCAGUGACUAUCUUCACUUGAACCCUGAGAAUAUUGUCAUUCAAAUGACAAAGGAUGGAAAAUACAUGCUGCAAGGGCAACCAGCAUUUCAGGAUCUGCAAACGUUCAUAGAAAAAUUUGAUUGCCACUGUUAUGCAGGGCGCAGUUGUGAACCUACAGCUGAUAUAAAUGACAUCCAUUACGUCCAUGCUUGCAUUUCAGAAGAUAUUUGCAUUCACGUUUCCUCAAAUUCACUUUCUAAUAUAGAAGCCUCUGAAGAAAAGAUCCUGUCCAACAGAACUGUAUUUUCAUUUACCUCUCAGAGUAAGGUGACAUUAUCUACACAUCCCGAAAUAGAAGAUUUUCAAUCUACCUUUGGAAAUAAUAUAUUCAAUAUAACAUCUGCAGAAUAUAACUCUGUCACAGCUGCCACUGGAUAUAAUUUAGAGGCAAAUGACACUCGUACUUUCAGUAGUUCUUCAUCCUAUAAGACAAAGAUGUUUAAUUUGUUUUGUUUCAUUCUAAUUUUGAGAACCUUAAUGUAAAUGACCCACAAAAGUGAGAAUAUUCUUUUCUAAAGGUUUUAUUUACACGGAAAAAUCAUUCCUGAAAGGUAUAAAACAGCUGCAAAUCUGAGGUCUUAUCUGUAUGAGGUAACCUUUUCUAUUCCACAGGUGACACUUCAGCUUCAAUGUAUUUCUUCAGUUUAGUUCUAUAAACUACUAUUUGUGCCAAAGAUAUACUGGCAUGUAUACACUGAUUUUACCGUAUGGAAGGAUAAUCCAGAAUAAGGAAUAUUUUUUUACAGUUUACAUUUUUAACAGUUAUAUUAAAAAAAAUAUUGCUGAUAACGUUGUUUUGUAUACUUCCAGUUAAGCCAGUUAAAUACAUCUCAAACUGGAUUUCCUUGAGUCUCAGCAGUCAACAGGUUUGAUGUUCUACGUAGGAAUUAAUUUCAUUCUAUAUGAAAAUUAGCUCUUAAAAAUAUUUGGCUUAACUUUAGAUCUGUGGGGCUUUGCAGCACAAAAUUUAUCUGAUUACUGUAAAGUUUCUUCACUUUUCACAAUAUCUACAGGGACACUGUUUUUUCUUUUAAUUAAAUUUAUUGAUAACUCUUCAAACGGUUCUAACUUUAGUGUCCAUCUUGACUUUGAAUAUUACAGCUUUGUUACUCAAAAUUUGAGCCGCAGGGGUUUAUCCUUCUUUCUUUCUUUCUUCUCCUCUUCUUCUCCCAAGCCCUCCCUCUUAUUUCGCAUGUCCCCUCCCUCACUUUCAGUUGUUUUGUUUGGCCAAUACUCACAACUCAUCUGAUCUGCUCCUGCACUCCCUAUGGCACUGGCCGCCCAUCCUAGUUUUUCUGUCCAGCCAGCCCUAGCAACUGGAUAAGACUGUCCCUGCCAUGUGGACAAAAGCCUGCAAGCGUGGAACUUCGUCUAUGCCUGACUAUUUCCUCAACAUUCUCUUUGGUGGAAACCAGUUUGUUCCGUAGGAAGAUGCAGCAGUGGAGGUUGAAAGAUGCAGCGACGCUGGGAACCUGGGGGCUCCCUUUCUUCACUCCCAGUGCCUGUGAUCCCCAAUCUCAGGACCACCUUUUUGAUUCAGUCUGCUGACGGAACUAAGACUAUUUGCUUAAUAUUAUUUCAUUGCCAAAAGCAAUGUUAAAGUAGCAGAGAUACCUCGGAAGAAAAUCAUUCCCGGUUUCAUAUCAAGAGUCCAGUUAUGAUUUAUGUAUAGUCAGUUCAAGCAUUUAGAAGCAAUUAACUGUAGUUCAUUUGAUAAAAUAUCCUUUCCAGAUGAUUAUGUCAGAUGCUUACUAGACAGCUGGACUUCUGGUGGGUGAAGAGUGGCUGCUGGCAUGGAUAGAUUAAGAAAGACUCCCUAAAGCUAGGCAUGAUCUGCAUAAAUCACCACCUCCUACAGAUACAACCUGCCUCACUAACGGAAAUUCCUGGGAUUUCAAUACAGUAGCCCUUUCUUUACAAGAAGUUAAUGCCUAAAUUUAGCAGAAAACACAUAUUAUGUCCUCUGCCUUUGAACUUACAGGUUGUCAGUCAUAAGACUUGCAGAAAAAUAGGUUUAGAUUUAACCUCUCUAAAGCCUAAAAGGCUUUAGAUUUAACAUGCAGAAAUAAUGUUUUAUGGCUUUUGGACAACAAGUUAUCAAGAGGAAGUGACAAUUUUCUCAUCACAGUUAUGGUGUUGAGUCCACAAGUCAAAACUAUUUCCGCCAUCGAUGUUCCAAGUAGAAUAAUGAUAAAAAAUACAUAUGUAGUGGACUGUCCAGCACAAAAGAAGCCAGCUGGUUUUGAUUACCUCUAUAAAAACAUAGUUUCUUCACUGCAAGCUUUUGAUUGUGGGUAAACAAAAGCCAUGGUAUGUCUUCUGAAUAAUUCCUGUAACUCAGGUCCUUCCCUUUCACACUAGACUUGUGACAACUAUCAGAGCGUUUCUAAAAACCGGAAACGUCACUGGUAAUGUCUUAAUAUAUUUUGUAUGACUUAUAUGAAGUUUUAUUUUUUUCACCAGAACGCUUUAACAUGGUUGAAGUUUUAUGUUGACACACAGAGUUCUAGUUCAAAUGCUGCACUGCUUUGUUAAAUCACAAAUUGGCAAAGUUUCCUGAGGUUAGGCUUGUUUGUAUCUAGUGCUCCGAAAGACACCAGAUGUGUGAUACGAGAGCUUGCAGGUUCACAAAAUUUACAAGUCUUGCCAUAA